CCGCGCAAAGUUCGGUUUUAAGCGAUUAUACACAUGUUCCCUGUUAUUUGUGACGUUGACAUUGCAAAGUAAAUAAUUCCAACUGAAAAAACAGUAAGGAAAAACAUUUAUUAAAAACGCAAUAAGGACGUAAUGAGUUCAGUAGAAAAUAAAUUUUAAUGGAAGGAACAAUCCUACUUUGCGAGGAUGGAGUAUAGGACAAGUUUAAAAAGCACUCUUUUUGUAAUUUUUAUACAUAUAUCUGUUUUAAAUUGUACUCAUUUAUCGAAAACAUAUUUUAACGAUGUAUCAACUAACAAUGGUGAAAUUGUACCACGAAUUAGCUGGGUAUUCAGCAAUUCUGUUGACAAUUCCGUUAGGGUUAAGAGAGCAAUUAUAGACAAUUUACCCGAAGACAGUUUAUUAAGGUCUAUGAAUAUUAAGUGUCGAAAAAAUUUAUACGGUCUCUGUAAUCAUAUAGGUGGAAAUAGUGAUGAAUUAAUGCUACUAGAAUGUAUUCAGAACCUUAAGCCAAAUGAAGUGUCUGGCAUUGAUGAUGAAUGCCGUCAAGCAAUUUGGGAUUAUAUCUUAAAUAUUACCAAUAAUUUAAACAUAGAACGUCUAGCUAAAAAGACUUGCGGCAAAGAGUUAGAUUCGUUAGACUGUUCUGCUUCUGGUGACAAACAUGGGGCAUAUUUAUCUUGCUUAAUUGAUCAGAGAGAAAAAGUAAAAAAUCCACAAUGUAUUGCAUAUAUUCAACGAUUAGAAUGGAUAGCAUUUAGUGAUUUCAGAAUUAUAACACCAUUUUCUUCAGACUGUGCAAAUGAUAUUAGAAAAUUCAAAUGUGAUCAAGUACAACCGUACAGAGACAUAUCCCAAGGACAAAUAUUGGCUUGCUUGCAAGAACAUGUUAAUGAACUUCAGCUUCAAUGUAAAAGACAUAUACUUCAUGUAUCUGAAAUACAAGCUGAAAAUAUCAAUUUAGACAGACAGCUAUAUUUAGCUUGCGAAGAAGAUAGAGCCAAAUUUUGUCCAGGCAUUAGACCAGGUAGCGGUCAAGUGUAUAAAUGUUUAAUGCAACAUAAAACAGAUAGAUCUAUGACAACCAUGUGUCAAGAACAGCUCACAAGGAGAGGAAAAUUAAUAGCAUCUGAUUAUAGAGUUAGUAAAGGAUUAGUGAAAGCUUGCAAAGAUGAUAUUAAAAUUAAUCAUUGUAGAAGGUCUGUGUUUGAAGAUAAAAAUAUAAGACUUGCACAAAUUUUACUUUGUUUGGAAUCAGCAGCCAAAAAUGGCAGUAAAAUUGAUAGAGAUUGUCAGGCUGAAAUGUUUGAUCACAGAAAACUUUUAAUGGAAGAUUAUAGACUAUCACCUGAAAUAGUUGAUGGAUGUGCCAAUGAUAUAACAACAUUCUGUAACAGUCUUGAAAUUGGUGGUGCAACAAUUCAUUGCUUAAUGGAACACACUAGACCCAAGAAAAAAAAAUCUAGAGUAUCCAGCAGAUGUCAAAGAGCGUUAGAAGAACUAAUUAUGGAGGCUGAUGCAGGAGAAGAUUGGAGAAUUGAUCCUGUUUUACGAGAACAAUGUCAACCAGUUGUUAAUUUAGCUUGCAGAGAUGUACGCGGAGGUGAUGCCACAGUUAUAUCUUGUUUAAUGGAUCAGCUUGGUACAGACAGAAUGACAGAAGCUUGUGAAACUGCAUUAGUGCAAAUACAGUAUUUUGUAGCUAGAGAUUUUAAAUUGGACCCUCAAUUGUACAGAGCAUGUAAAUUCGACGCAACACGAUUAUGUCAUGCGAGAAAUGCAUGGGCAACUGAUGGAAAACAAAUGGAUCCAGAACGAGGACCUCUUGUUUUACCAUGUUUAUAUAGGCAUGCAUAUCAUCCUCAGAAAAAUAUGACUUUAAGAACAGAAUGUCUUGAAGAAAUCAGACGUGUUAUGAGACAAAGAGCAGUAAAUGUUGAUUUGCAACCGGAGAUUGAAGAAGUAUGUCUUAAUGAAUUAGCAUCAUUUUGUUACGACAAAACAGCAAAAGGAGAAGAAAUACUGUGCCUUCAGGACAAUUUAGAUCGUUUGAACAAAAAUUGCAAACUAGCAGUCGGCAAUUUUACAGAAGAACAAGCCGAACGUGUUGAAUUAAAUCCUAUCAUUUCGGCCACGUGUCAACAUAUCAUGGAACGUCAUUGCGAGGAAGUAUUAAAAUAUGGCAAAGAUGAAGGUGAUAUGAUGGAGUGUUUAAUAGAACACAAAAAUGAUCUAGAUGUGCGGUCUGAUUACAAAUGUAAAGCGGCAGUGGAACAUUUUCAACUAAUAUCGUUAAAAAACUAUCACUUCACAUAUAAAUUUAAAGAAGCCUGUAGACCUUCUGUCAAGAGAUGGUGCCCAAAAUCUAAAACUAAAGCAGAUGUAAUAGUGUGUUUGAGCGCGAUAGUACAAGAAGAUAUAAUGAAAGAUACUCAGCAUCGUAUACCAAAAGAAUGUAGACAACAGCUGAGAGCACAGCUUUAUCAACAAAGAGAAAAUAUUCAGUUUGACCCCAUCUUACAAUCACAAUGUACAGCUGAUAUUAAACAGUACUGUUUUAAUGUUGAACCAGGAAAUUCACAGAUUCUUGAAUGCUUAGCAGCACAUAAAUCAAAAUUGUCAGAUGCGUGUCAUAAGCAGCUAUUUAAAGUAAGAAAACAAGAAUUUCAGGACAGUUCAAGUGAUUUUGCUUUGUUAAAUACUUGUAGAGUUAUGGUAAGACAAUUUUGCCAUGACGUUAGUCGUUCACAAGCAUUAGAUUGUUUAAAAAAAUAUAAGGAUGAUCCAACAUUUGAUGAGAAAUGUAAAAAUAUCGUUAUUCGAAGAAUGAUUGAACAAAAUACAGACUAUAGAUUUAAUAGUGCAUUACAAGCAGCAUGUUCUUAUGAUAUUAAUAAGCAUUGUAAAGAGGUUUUAUUGAAUCAACCUACCGAUAAAGAAUUGGAAGGAAAAGUAAUAAGGUGUUUAAAAAUUAAAUUCCGGGAGUCAAAACUCACUAUAAAAUGUGAACAUCAGAUGACUAAUAUACUUAGAGAAGCAGCUCUAAACUAUCAUUUAAAUCCAUUACUAGCUACAAUGUGUGCGCAUGAGAUUGAAACAAUUUGUAGAGCAGAUGAAAAUGAUCCUGGAGCUGUAGAAGAAUGUUUGAAAAUGGAAUUUAAUGCUGGUAAUAGAGAUAUGAAAGAAGAAUGUCGUCUUGAAAUUGCUGAUUUAAUAGAGCAAACAAGAGCAGAUAUCAAUGUGGAUCCUUUAUUACAAAAAGCCUGUGCUGUGGAUGUCAGUAAAUACUGCAGUGAUGUUCCUCAAGGCGCAGGAAGACAUAUCAUGUGUCUGCAAAAUGUGUUGGAAGAUAGUAACAAAUCUUUACAACCUGAUUGCUAUAAAAUGUUAACCACAAGAAUUGAAAUGUUUAGAAAUGCAGCCAAGUUAAUUGCACCAAAUUCAAUACAAGAACUUUAUUCAACUGUAAACCGAUCUCCUGCAAGACGAUACUUUAUGAUAGUCGCGCUAACAAUGAUUGGUAUCAUUUUCAUUAUUGGUUUAUUCUGUGGUAGAGUGACGAGACGAACAAUGAUCAUGAAAAAUAAGUGAUAAAUUAUUGUGAGAACAGUCCGUCCUCAAAAAUUUUCAAUCGUUGUAGUUGAAAUAAACAUCGAAGACAAAGAAUAUAAGUGAUUGAAAUGGUGACCUUUCUGCAGAACAUCAAAUUAUGCAGAAGUUAAUAGAAUAAAAAUAAUAACUUUUUAUAUUUUUUUUUAUCGUAUAUAAACAUAUAAAAAAAUAAUAUUUACAUAUUACAUGUCCAUGAUUCUACGAUUUAUCAUUAAAACGUAUUAUCACAAAUGUAAAAACUGUAAAAGUUGAAUGAAUGAAUUGUAUGAUGAACUGAAAGUGAUCUGAAGUUGAGAUAGAUUUUAAUAAAAAAAAAUAUAUAUAUAAAAUACAUUAUACAAAUAGAUAUAUAUAUAUUAUAAAAUAAUAAAUUGAAAGAAGAAAUGAAAUUUUAUGUCAAUAUUCUACACAUUUGUGAUAUAUAACGAAAAUUUGGAAAAAAAAGAAUGUUCACAUUUUGUUUAAGUCAAAACAUAUUAUCUGGGCACAAAUUACUUUGGUCUUCCAUAUUAAAACAUUAGAAUGUGUGUACAUUAGAUGCUGUUAAUUAAUAAACUGGGAUGAAUACAUAUA